GCCGAAUUCCACACACAAAAAACACAACAUCAAAAGUCGAACACCAACUGUUUGUUUUUUUGCCCCAACCAACCUUUCUAUAUUCAGACAAACCCCUUUCUUCCCAUCUUGUUUUUUGCCUUAUUUAACUUCACCCCAGAUCAUCUUUUUGUUGAAUUGUAUUCUUCUAACCAAAUACAAUCAAGGGUUUCUUUUAAAAAUCAUGGAUAUUUCUCAAAAUCUCGAGAAAAAUGAUCGGAAAUUUGCACUUCCGGUUGAUUCCGAACACAAAGCCACCGAGUUCCGGUUGUUUUCAAUGGCUACACCUCACAUGAGAGCUUUCCAUCUCUCAUGGAUAUCUUUCUUCUCUUGUUUUGUCUCUACUUUCGCCGCUCCGCCGCUCCUCCCGAUCAUCCGGGACAAUCUUGAUUUAACGGCCACCGACAUCGGCAAUGCCGGAAUCGCGGCCGUAUCUGGGGCGGUUUUUGCUCGAAUUGCCAUGGGAACCGCCUGUGAUCUCUUUGGCCCCCGCCUCGCCUCCUCUUCCCUCAUCCUCCUCACCGCUCCGGCAGUGUUCCUUAGCGCCAUCGCCAACUCUCCAGCCGCCUUCUUGAUGGUCCGUUUCUUCACCGGAUUUUCUUUAGCCACCUUCGUUUCCACCCAGUUCUGGAUGAGCUCCAUGUUCUCACCAGCAGUCGUCGGCACCGCCAACGGACUCUCCGGUGGGUGGGGAAACCUCGGCGGCGGCGCCACACAGCUGAUCAUGCCACUCGUUUACUCUCUCAUCCAUUCCCAUAUCGGUUCAACCAAAUUCACAGCUUGGAGAAUCGCAUUCUUCAUUCCGGCAGUUUUUCAAACACUUAGUGCGUUUGCCAUCUUCUUCCUCGGCCAAGACAUGCCGGACGGAAAUUACGUCAGACUCGAAAAAUCCGGCGAGAAACACAAAGAUAACUUCUCACAAGUGUUCUACCACGCCAUAACCAAUUACAGAGGCUGGAUCUUGGCGUUGACUUAUGGGUAUUGCUUCGGUGUAGAGUUGACCAUCGAUAAUAUAAUAGCUCAGUAUUUCUACGAUCGAUUCAACGUGAACCUGCACACCGCCGGGAUAAUUGCUGCGAGUUUUGGGUUGGCGAAUUUGUUUUCUCGUCCCGGCGGUGGGAUAUUGUCGGAUGUGGUGGCGAAGAGGUUCGGGAUGAGGGGGAGAUUGUGGACGUUGUGGGUGGUGCAGAUGAUCGGCGGGUUUCUGUGCUUGUUAUUGGGGAAAGUUGGAUCUUUGACGGCCUCCAUUGUUGUGAUGCUUGUGUUCUCUGUAUUCGUUCAAGCUGCUUGUGGACUUACGUUCGGUGUCGUCCCAUUCGUUUCUAGGAGGUCACUAGGGGUGAUAUCCGGGAUGACGGGUGGUGGAGGAAACGUAGGGGCUGUUUUGACACAAGUCAUAUUCUUUAGGGGGUCAAGAUACUCAACCGAAGAAGGUAUUACUCUAAUGGGAGUAAUGAUAAUGUGUUGCUCACUCCCCAUUCUUUUCAUAUACUUCCCUCAAUGGGGUGGUUUGUUCUUGGGACCAACUAAAGGAUGUACGGAACAAGACUAUUAUUUGUCUGAAUGGUCGACAGCCGAAAAAGAACAAGGGUUUCAUAAGAUGAGUGUUAAAUUUGCCGAGAACAGUAGGACGGAAAGAGGCAGAAAAGGUACAUCUGCUCCAAUUCCAUCUGAUAAUGAAAAUCCGUCUACUGUACUAUAAGUUUGUAAAACACCCUUUUCAGCUUUAUGUUUGGUGAAGAAUUUAAGAAUGAUGCUUUCAUGUUUGAUCAUAGCAUAGUUUCAUUAAUGACUUGUAUUUUACGCAAUUAAAGUUGUAUAUUUUUCUGGGUCAGAUAGAUGACCUGUUAUGUGUAAUGGUUUAUGUUUGCAUCCAUGAUAUCUAAGAAUUUUCGGUAC